AUGUUCUUGAUGGAUGAAGUUGACGAUGAACCAGCAGCUGCUCAUGGCCAGAAGGUUCAAUUGCAGGUCGAGGAACAAAAAAACAUGCAUCGUACCUGGGAUGAUGUCGGCGGGCAGGAUUCAGGAGUGAUCGUCAUCUUCGUUGCAAUGCUCGUCGUGGUUGGUGCUGUUAUUGGAGGUGCCGUUAGGCAUCGUGAGGAUGAGGCCAACAGCUGGGUUGAGGCAUCCGUCAUUAAGAAGAAAAAGACGGAUGUGGCACCAUCCCAAAUGACUGCUCGUUCCUCAUUCAACAGAGCAGAAGACCAAGAUUGGAGCUUUGAAGAAGAGGAGGGAAGUGAAGACAAGUCAUCCAACGACAAUUUGGCUGGCGCUAAUGAAGAAGGGCAUCAAGACUCUGAUAAGGAUGAACUUGACUCUAUGGAAUCGGCAGAUAGGGAUGCAGUAUUGGCGUCUGAAGCACCCGUUAUUUGCCCACAUGCGGAAAGACAACCCCAGACACUCUUCAACGACGAUGAUGAUGACAUUCUCGAGGCCACGUCAACCUCACACAUAAGCACCAGCGCCCUUCACCGUCACUCAAGCCAAGCUCGGUCCAUCUCCAGCCCAUCUGAACAUCUGGAUAUCAAUCUACCUGCUGUUACGGACGAUUAUGAUAUGCUGAUUGAGGAUCAGAAUCGUAAUGAGCAGGAGUCAGAUCUCGAAGACCAUAUCAGAGCCUCUCAACAAACAACGCGAAGGGAAUAUAGAACUCAGGGUCCUCAGUCAAACCAACCUCUUGUAACAUAUCAGAAGGUUAGUAAUGCGGCUCGGUAUGAAUGUAAACUGAUUCGAUACUUCUCCAGGUCUGAGAAAACAGAAACUUCGACGUCAAUCUGCGAUCGACUCGCACAACUCUGCCACCCAACCAAUGGAGCUCAAAGCCCAAGAAAUCAGCUCAUCAAGAGAACUUUGAGAACGAGCUCAAACACCAGUGCUGAAGGACACCAAGAAGGGGAAGACAAACGCGAGUCGGAAGCCCAAGCACUGUACAAGAAGGUUCCACCACAUCAAAGUCAGCAUCUCUUCACUUCGUCAAUCAGAGAACUGCCAGAUGAGCAUGAGCUACCUCCUGGGCUUGUUGCGCUUGCCACAACUACUAUUACGGCUGUUCUUCGUGACUGGAAAACUGGGGAAAAACAUGCUCAGAACUUUGAGGGAAAUAUGUUCCACCGCACAUAUAUGAGCAAUAUUGAAUGGAUGGCAGCGGUGUGA